AUGGUGGCACUCGAAAGCACUCCCGUCCAUGGACGGGAAAAUACUGGAGGCAAAUUGGAAGAAAUAGUGCUAGUUCUGAAGGCUAAAACUCAAGAACUUGCAAAGCAAGUCUCACAACUGAAAUCUGAAAAUGAGCAACUGGUCAGUCUCAGGGACGACUACAAGAUAUUGAAGCAUGACUUUGAGAACAUCAGGCACGCUACUGGGAAGCUUGGGAAUGACUGCGAGAACAUGAGAAAAGAGCACGAAAACCUCAAGUCUAGCUUCCAGGAACAUCUAUUGGAAAGAGACAAACUUCAGCUUCAACUGAACACCACGGAAGGAAGACUCCAAUAUCUGGAGGCUAUUAGCCUGCAAAUAACAAAAUUUAUGGAAAUGUGGCUUGAAACGUUUUGCACUACGGACGAUGGAUGUCGCAACACUAGCCACUAUGACGAGUCCAAAGACGAUGCAGCUGCAGUCGUCCCUUAA